AUGGAAUCAGGAAACCACACGGAAAUAUCAGAAUUCCUCCUCCUGGGUCUCUCAGAGGAUCCUGAACUGCAGCCCCUGCUCUUUGGACUGUUCCUGUCCAUGUACCUGGUCACUGUGGUUGGGAACCUACUCAUCAUCCUGGCCAUCAGCUCUGACUCCCACCUCCACACCCCCAUGUAUUUCUUCCUCUCCAACCUGUCUUUUGUAGACAUCUGCUUCAUCUCCACCACUGUCCUGAAGAUGCUAGUGAACAUCCAGACACAGAACAAACAUAUCUCCUACAGAGAAUGUCUCACUCAGAUGUAUUUUUUUAUGGUUUUUGGUGGAAUGGAUAAUUGUCUCCUGACUGUGAUGGCCUAUGACCGGUUUGUGGCCAUCUGUCACCCGCUGUGCUACAUGGUCAUCAUGAACCCACGCUUCUGUGGCCUCUUGGUUCUGAUAUCUUGGGUCAUUAUUUUCUGUAUCUCCCUCCUUCACAUUCUACUGAUGGUGCAGCUGACCUUCUGUAUAGGCACUGAAAUCCCACAUUUCUUCUGUGAACUGGCUCAGGUUCUCAAGGUGGCCUGCUCUGACCCCUUCAUCAAUGACAUCUCCUUGUAUGUGGCCACUGCACUGCUGUGCGUGUUUCCUCUGACUGGGAUACUCUUUUCCUACUCUCAAAUUGUCUCCUCCUUAAUGAGGAUGGCCUCCACUGAGGGCAGGUAUAAAGCAUUUUCCACUUGUGGGUCUCACCUCUCUGUGGUCUCCUUGUUCUAUGGGACAAGCAUGGUGGUCUACCUCAGUUCUGCUGUGACCCGUUCUUCCCAGAGAAGCUCGAUCGCCUCAGUGAUGUACACCAUAGUCACCCCUAUGCUGAACCCCUUCAUCUACAGCCUGAGGAACAAGGAUGUGAAGAGGGCCCUGGGAAGGCUCCUCAGACAAGCAACCUCUUGCCUGUGA